CCGGUCAGGACAUAGCUUGAUAAGAAGCUUGUGGACUUUAUUUUUCACUGCUUUGGAUGUAAAAAGCAUAGUUUAAGUAUGCACUCCCAGAUAUUAUGUAGCGGCUCAGCGGCGGUCGUCGCUUCGAGAAGAAUGCGGAAUAUUUUGGGUGCUGUCCUGGGAAGAGACGGCUGGAUGUGGAGAACACAUGAGGUCAAGCUUAUCAACACAUCCUCAGGUGACACAGUGAAGAUUGGAGAGAUCUCUUACAAGCUCAAAACACCUCAGAAUCCAGAACUUGUUCCUGUCAAACACAUCUCAGACUCCCUACCUCAGACAGUGGCUCAGCAUCUACGAUGGAUUAUGCAGAAAGACCUUUUGGGUCAGGACGUGUUUCUUAUCGGUCCCCCAGGACCCCUGAGACGAUCCAUAGCUAUGCAGUAUCUCGAGUUGACCAAACGGGAAGUGGAGUAUGUGGCUCUGUCCAGGGACACCACAGAAACUGACCUGAAACAGAGGAGAGAGAUCCGCUCAGGGACAGCCUUCUACAUAGACCAGUGUGCUGUAAGGGCAGCAACACAAGGUCGAGUCCUGGUCCUGGAGGGUCUAGAGAAGGCGGAGAGAAAUGUUCUGCCUGUCCUUAACAACCUGCUGGAGAACAGAGAGAUGCAGCUGGAGGACGGACGCUUCCUCAUGUCAGCUGAGCGUUACGACAAGCUGCUGCAGGAACACAGCAAAGAGGAGCUCGACAGCUGGAAGAUUGUCCGUGUAAGCGAGGACUUUCGUGUCAUCGCUCUCGGUCUUCCUGUCCCCAAGUACAAGGGCAACCCGUUGGAUCCUCCUCUUCGCUCUCGCUUCCAGGCCAGAGACAUCUAUUACCUGCCAUUCAAGGACCAGUUGGAGCUACUGUACACAGCAGGACCAAACAUUGCUGCAGAAAGAGUGUCCCAGCUGCUGUCACUAGGCACUACGCUGUGCUCCCAGGAAUCAUCCAACCUUGGCCUUCCUGACUUCCCUGUGGACAGCCUGCUUCCUGCCGUCCACGUGUUGAACACCUUCCCCAUGCUGUCCUCCCAGCAACUAGUCCAGAGACUUUACCCCUACCCAAGCAUCCUGGGCAAGGAUGGGCGCACCGCUGUGGAGGGUGUACUCAGUAGAUUUGAACUUUUGGAUGGUCAUCGUCAGCCAGCACCCAGCACCACUGUGAAUGUGUCCAUGGCAAAGGAUGUUGAGGGCCAUGCAGAUGUCACUUUACGUGUCGUAGACAAGGACAUCACCUUUCAGGUUCCAGCAGGAACCAAGGAGCUGCGUCCACCCAACAGCAGCUCGACCUUCAUCAGUACACCAAGCCACUCCCAGCUGAUUGCUGAGAUGAUGCAGUCACACAUGGUUAAAGACAUAUGUCUCAUAGGAGCCAAGGGUUGUGGCAAGUCAGUGAUUGCGAGAGAGUUCGCUGAGAUGCUGGGUUACAGCAUAGAGCCAGUCAUGCUCUAUCAGGACAUGACAGCCAGGGACCUUCUCCAGCAGAGGUACACGCUUCCUAACGGAGAUACAGCAUGGAGGCCGUCUCCACUGGUCACUGCUGCCAUUGAGGGCAAGCUGCUGCUUCUGGACGGUAUUCACAGAGUCAACCUGGGAACCCUGACUGUGCUGUCCAGGUUACUUCAUGACAGAGAGUUGGAUCUGUAUGAUGAAACCAGGCUGCUGAGCUGGGACAGAUACCAGACACUAAAGGAACAGCUUCACUUCAGUGACCAGCAGCUGCAAGAGAGGUCAAUCCUCCCCAUCCAUCCAUCAUUCAGGGUUGUGGCCCUGGCAGAGCCCCCCGUUGUGUCUGCCAGUACAAGCAGCAGCAGUAGCAGCAGAGGUCAGCAGUGGCUGAGCCCAGAGCUGCUCACUAUGUUCCUCUACCACACAGUCAGCCCCCUGGCCAAAGCAGAGGAGAUGGGCCUCAUUCAGGGACUGACUCAUAAUGUUCCAAAGGAAGCAGCAGAGCAACUAUUGCACCUUACACACAGUCUCCGCAAGAUGAACGACCCCACGGCGCAGUCUCUGGCCUCUUCUCUCUCCACCAGACAGCUGUUGAGGAUCUGUCGCCGUCUCUCUCAGUACCCUGACGAGAGCAUCGCUCACUCUGUCAAUAAGGCUUGUCUUUCCAGGUUCCUGCCCAGUCUGGCCCGUGCCUAUCUUGAAAAAAGCCUUGCCAACUGUUCUAUAGAGGAAACACCAUAUCCUGCAGACACUCAUGACAUCAGCUGUAUCGUAAAGGAUGGCGUGUUGACUAUUGGCAACGUGUCUGCUCCUGUCUACAACCCCAGUGAGAAAAUUAAGGUUCCAGACGUGCUCUUCUAUGAUAAUCCCCAGCACAUGAUGGUGAUGAAAGACAUGUUGAAAGACUUCCUGUUAGGAGAGCACCUCCUCUUGGUGGGCAACCAGGGCGUGGGUAAGAAUAAAAUAGUGGACCGGUUCCUGCACCUUCUGAACAGGCCUAGAGAAUACCUGCAGCUCCACAGGGACACGACUGUCCAGACCUUAACCCUACAGCCCUCAGUCCGAAAUGGCAUCAUCAUGUAUGAGGACUCACCUCUGGUGAAGGCCGUGAAACUAGGUCACAUACUAGUGAUCGACGAGGCUGACAAAGCUCCCACUAAUGUCACAUGCAUCCUCAAAACCCUGGUGGAGAGCGGGGAGAUGAUUCUGGCCGAUGGACGCAGAAUUGUCUCAGAAUCGCACAAAGCUGAGGGGAGGCCCAACACAGUAGUCAUGCACCCAGACUUCAGGAUGCUUGUCCUGGCUAACCGACCUGGCUUUCCUUUUCUGGGCAAUGACUUUUUUGGAGCUCUAGGUGAUAUUUUUAGCUGCCAUGCUGUGGACAAUCCAAAGCCCCAGGCAGAGCUGGCAAUGCUUAAACAGUAUGGCCCCGACGUUCCUGAUGCUACUCUGCAGAAGCUGGUGGCUGCCUUUGGAGAGCUGAGGUCCAUGGCGGACCAGGGCACCAUCACCUACCCCUAUUCCACCCGAGAGGUGGUAAACAUUGUGAAACACCUCCAGAAAUUCCCUGACGAGGGUUUGGCCAACGUGGUGCGAAAUGUUUUCGACUUUGACUCAUACAACAAAGACAUGCGAGAGGUUCUGAUCGAAGCGCUGCACAAGCACGGGAUUCCCAUUGGAGCCAAGCCCAGCUCUGUCAAACUGGCUAAGGAGUUGCCCCUGCCAGAGGCCAAGAUGACAGGGUACUGGACAAUAAACCAAGGUGGUAACGCUCGCCGGAAACUGCUCUGUCCCACUGAGACACACCCCAUAGACAUCAAGGGUCCCGUGUUUCUACGUGUUCAGGGUUACCCCUGCAACAGACAGGAAAGCAGGGCUUUGAGUUUCAGCGAGGAGAAAGCCCACUGGCAGAUUCCCAUGAAUGAAGUCAACAUCAUCUGCGAUGUAACUACUAAAGAUGAUGUGCUGUACGUGGCCACGUGUAACCCAGUGUCCCUGUACUCCAUGAAGGAGUGUGGGGAGUCAAUUCGGUGCAUUGAGCUUUAUGACGUCUUCCCCAGGACCAUCAGUGGCGUUUGGCAGCCCUUUGUCACUGUUGCUCCACUUGGGAGCCCUCUGGAGGGACAGGUGGUGCUGCAUGAGGAGCAGAGUAACACGGUGCUCCACUUGGACAUGGUAACCGGCGCCGUGCGGAGACUCAUGUUGUCUCCGGACAGUGAGCAGCCCCCUACCAGAGCCUUGAAUUGGUGGAGCAGUAAAGACCAACAGGGAGCUCAUAAAAUGUGUCAUGACUUCGCCCACAAAAACUGGCUUCUCUUCUAUAAGGAGGAUGGCAACCAGCUGGAGGUGCUGGAUGUGCUGGAGGGUCGGGUUCACUCCAUCUCCCUUCCCAUCAACCUGAAGUCUGUCUUCCUCGUGGCAGAGGAUCGCUGGCUGCUGCUGGAGAGCAACACCAACAAGAAGUUCCUGCUGACUAAGCCCAUGCAUAUGGCAGCUGAAGACUCUGGAGUGUGUCAGCUCCACAGCAUCAGUGAAGACUCAGUCAGCUCAGGCCAUGGAGCCAGCCCAGCUGAGGUGUCCGUACCACAGAUGCUGUCAUGUGAGCAGCUACCCAAUGAAAACCUCAGCGCUGCUCUGGACCAAAAGAUUGUUUCACCUAACCGCAUACUGGUCGACAAUGGCUCCUUUGCACGGGUCGUCGUGGGCUUCCCAGACCUUGUGUCCCCUAAUGAGGUGUACAGCUUUAAGAGGCCUGUUGAGCUGUCGAUGAUGAAGAGUGGUGAGAGUGGGGCUCACAUGUUCCUUAGAGGCGGGCUUCGGUCCAGCCCAGCCAAACGGGAGAAUUGUGUCAGUCUUCUGUCAGCCAAUCAGGUGGUCCGGGCCCUUCCACCUAGCAAGGUGCCCCUGAGGGAGGUCUACCCCAAAGAUGUCACACCUCCAAUGACAGCAGCCUACCUAGAGGUGACUGAUCUGAAUUCCAAAAAAGUCAAAUACAUUCCUGUCCCAAGGUCAAUGACUGUGUCACCUUACACCAGCUGGUUAUCCAAGGUGUCCGAGUCCGAUGUGUUAAUGGCUCCUCUCGGUUCUGGAGGUGUGGUAACAGUGGAUAUGGGUGGGUACGUCCGGCUCUGGGAGACAGGACUGGACACCCUGCAGCGAUCACUGAUGGAAUGGAGGAAUAUGAUUGGCACGGAGGAUGGCAGACCUGUACAGAUUACCAUCCAAAGGGACAGUGGCCUGGAUGUCACUGCCCCAAAACAUGGCAAGAUCGACCCGACCAACAGUCCUCACAUUGGGGGAAACCAGUGGGCAGGAGGCACAGGUGGUAGAGACACGGCAGGACUAGGUGGGAAAGGGGGCCCUUAUCGGCUGGAUGCCGGGCACAAGGUCUACCAGGUUUCCCAGGCUGAGAAAGAUGCAGUUCCAGAAGAAAUCCGCAGGGCAGCCCGUGAGAUGGGUGAAAAAGCCUUCAAAGACAGGUUGAAGGAGAUCGAUAUGAGCGAAUAUGAUGCUGCCACAUACGAGCGCUUCUCCAAGGCUGUCAGGAGACAAGUUCAGUCUCUGCGCAUCAUCCUGGACAGUUUACAGGCGAAAGGGAAGGAGCGGCAGUGGUUGAAGAACCAGGCUCUUGGAGAACUUGAUGAUGCUAAAAUCAUUGAUGGACUGACUGGGGAGAAGGCUAUAUAUAAGCGCAGGGGAGAGCUGGACCCAGAGCUGGGCAGUCCUCAGCAAAAGCCCAAGCGUUUACGAGUGUUAGCAGACGUGUCGGGCAGCAUGUACCGUUUUAACGGUGUGGACGGCAGGCUGGAGCGCUCCAUGGAGGCUGUGUGUAUGGUCAUGGAGGCUCUGGAGAACUACGAGCACAAAUUCAAGUAUGACAUAGUGGGCCACUCCGGGGACGGCUACGACAUUGAGCUGGUCAGAGUGGACAACGUUCCCAAGAAUAACAAACACAGACUCAAAGUCCUCAAGACCAUGCAUGCCCACGCUCAGUUCUGCAUGAGUGGUGACUACACUCUGGAGGGCACAGACGCCAGCAUUAAGGAGCUGGCACGAGAAGAGGCCGACGAGCACUUUGUGGUGGUCCUCAGUGAUGCCAACCUGGAGCGCUACGGCAUCCGGCCCGAGCGCUUCGCCCGCGUCCUGACAUCUGACCCGCAGAUCAAUGCCUUUGCCAUCUUCAUCGGAUCCCUUGGCGAUCAGGCCGAAAGACUCCAAAAGACCCUGCCAGCGGGGAGAUCCUUCGUUGCCAUGGACACCAAGCAGAUCCCCCAAAUACUGCAGCAGAUCUUUACAUCCACAAUGCUCUCCAGUGCCUAAGACUGAGACAAACAAAAACACACAUGUGCACACACAAGCACAUACUCUCAUGUCUUCUCUCACACAUUCAGAACCUAAAGAUGUGCUGUGCAAUCUCUGAAAUUUGUGUAUCUGAGUGUGUCAGGUCUUAAGACUCGCCUUUGCACAGGCCUGAAGGGGAAAGACUAUUUCACAGAAACCUUCAGUUUGCCAGCAAUAUCUAACAGAGUUGUGUUAGUGUGAGCGAGUUAGAUAAUGUUUAGCUGCUUUGUACUGUUCCUCGGGGGAAUUGCUAUUGUACAAUGUGGUCUGCAAAAAGCCUGUCAUCUUGCAUGACUGUGCUCCACUGUGAGAUAACACGCACGUAUUUGUAACUACAGUGACAUUAUGAAUGCCUGGAGCCUGUCUCAGACCCCAUGUGGGGAUCAAACACACACGUAACCUGUUGUUGUUUUUGUGUUUUUGACCAACAGUGUGCUGAUGCAGGCACACGUGCGUCCUUGUCCUGUUUUGGAUAGUAAGCAACUUUACUUAGAGAGGGAGGGUCAUGAGCCUGAAACAGCCUCACCUAUUUGGAGUUCCUCCUCAUUUCUCAUCUGUCACACAGAAAAGACAUAUACAUGUAGAGCGACACUAAUGUGCCACCUGACCGACACUUGGAUGUGGCAACGGCAAUAACUUGCCUCUGUUGGAAUGCUGGGACUGUGACCAGGAAAUUUCCUACCUGACUGCACAUGCUCUUUCAAGGCAGCUGCUGUUGCACAACCCCCUGCUGUGUGUGUGUGUGUGUGUGUGUGUGUGUGUGCGUGUGUUUUUUCCUGCAGCAUCUAUGCUAACAUACACAAGCCCUUUCCUUCCUGACUGCUGGACCUUGUGACGCCACGUGCUUGUCUCAGUCCUGCAAGGAAUCUGAGAUCACCUUUCAUUGCCGGACCACCCACUCCCCUUUUCAAACACAUGGACACCUUUGCCACUACAAGCCAAAUGAUCCGAAAAUUCUCUCUUAGUGUGUCAGUGUGUGAACAGUACAGACUGACCUUUUUGUAUACAGCGUCUUUACUGUAAGUGUUUAAUGUGUUUGUGCUCCGACAUCAGGCUGUGCAGUCAGAUUAAUUCUUCCUGUCUGUGCCAACUCACAGCCAUGUGCAUCCAGUUCCAUAUCAUUUUCACCCCUGGUUUUGUUACUUUGUGUUCACGCCUCACUAUGCUUCACUCAUAGGAUCAAUAGAACUGCGGGUCUAAUUAUGAAGCUCCAUUGAUCCCUCCUCUGGCGUCCUGUCCCUGUUUUAUUAACCCACUUCCCAUCUCCCUUUUAUCCUCUCACUUGUUCUUUCUUCCACACUGCUGAUUAGCUGGAAGGAGCGAAAGUGACUUCACUAGUUUCUCUGUAGAUUGCGCCUACACCAUAUGUUUGCUUUUUGACACUGUCGAAGCUGACAGAAGAAGAAGAUUAAUGUAGAUGCAUAUUAAAAUCAUAUACAUUUUUACUCUCUUUAGUCUUAUUUAAUUGUACAUUUUUCUAUUACUUUAUGUGAAAAAAAUUGUAAAAAUAAUGUACAA